CUUUUUUCACUUCCUCUGCGCGUCGCUUUGUGAUUUUUUCCGGUUAGACCUGAAAUUGAAAUUCAUUUUUGGUCUGUUUGAGUCGCAGGUAUAAAAGGCCUCCGAUCCUGGCCUGUUGGACAUCAUUUGACAGAUCCGUCAACAACAACUGGACGGCCGUCAUGAGCCGCCCUAUCCCGUUGAAUUUGCUGGCCCUACUGUUGUUGGCCGUUUUGGCUGUGGCCGUCGCCGCUCCUCUCAGACAACGUCGCCAACUCGAUCCUGCCAUGGGUGGAGCCUUGACAGGAAAUUUAUACGACGGAUACGGCGACAACGAUGACGGCACUGGAAAUAUCUUCAGCGUCCAAGUCAGUCAAGGCUUUGACAACAACAACCAACAGGAGGAUGAAGCUGCUGGAUACGGCGGAUAUGAAGAUUUCGGCGGAUACGGAGGGUUCGAAGAGGGAAAUCGAUUUGUUUAACUUUAAUUCAUUUCCAUUGUAUAAAAUCAAGCAACAUUUUUUUACUAUUGUCCGUCUGAUAAAUCGUUGAUCGAAGCGGAGUUGGAAAUUGUACAUCAAAGAGAAUUUCGUGAAAUAUAAAAUUGACUAUUUUA